GCGCCGGCCGUGGGGGAUUGUGGGAGAAGAUGGCGGCCGCCGUACACCCCCGGUUCGUCCGGGCUCUGCCAAUGUCACGUUCUGCUAUUUCUGCAGUAGCCACAUCUGUGGUUUAUGGUCUACCCUGUCGCCAGCUUCAUCAUGCUCUCAUUCCUCAUGGAAAAGGUGGGCGUUCUUCUGUCAGUGGGGUCGUGGCUACUGUGUUUGGAGCAACAGGCUUCCUGGGCCGAUAUGUUGUCAACCAUCUUGGACGGAUGGGGUCACAGGUGAUCAUACCCUAUCGGUGUGAUCCUUAUGACGUUAUGCAUCUUCGGCCCAUGGGUGAUCUGGGUCAGAUUAUCUUUCUGGAAUGGAAUGGGAGAGACAAAGAUUCUAUCCGAAGAGCGGUGGAGCACAGCAAUGUGGUCAUUAAUCUUGUUGGACGAGACUGGGAAACCAGAAACUUUGAUUUUGAGGAUGUCUUUGUGAAGAUUCCCCAAACAAUAGCUCAAAUUUCUAAGGAAGCUGGAGUUGAAAAAUUCAUCCAUGUUUCCCAUCUGAAUGCAAAUAUUAGAAGCUCUUCUAGAUAUCUGAGAAAUAAGGCUGUUGGAGAGAAUGAAGUGAGAAAUGCAUUUCCAGAAGCUACAAUCAUAAAACCUUCAGACAUCUUUGGAAGAGAAGAUAGAUUUCUCAACCAUUUUGCAAAUAUUCGUUGGUUUGGUGGUGUACCUCUUAUUUCCUUGGGCAGGAAGACUGAGAAACAACCAGUAUAUGUUGUAGAUGUAUCCAAAGGAAUUAUUAAUACAAUUAAAGACCCAGAUGCCAGAGGAAAAACCUUUGCCUUUGUUGGGCCCAAUCGGUACCUCCUCUUUGACCUGGUGCAGUAUGUCUUUGCUGUGGCUCACAGACCCUUUCUCCCCUAUCCCUUGCCACGUUUUGCCUAUCGAUGGAUAGCAAGACUCUUUGAAAUAAGCCCAUUUGAGCCCUGGACAACGAGGGAUAAAGUGGAACGGAUACACAUCACAGACAUGACAUUGCCUCAUCUGCCUGGCUUAGAAGACCUUGGUAUUCAGGCAUCUCCGCUGGAACUCAAGGCCAUUGAAGUGCUGCGGCGUCAUCGCACUUAUCGCUGGCUGUCUUCUGAAAUUGAGGAUGUGAAACCUGCCAAGACUGUCAACGUUUAGUGCCCCUUGAACAGCCUUGAUUUCUGGUGUCAUUUGGAUCACCUGGCUAGUAAGCAACUUACAUUCUUUAGAGGAUCCUGUACAUAGUGAAUAAGAUCCUUCUAUUAAACAUCCAGGAGUAAA